AUGGAGGAAGAAGCAGUUGGACGCGAUGCGCUUUCUUCUGAGGGUCCGCUGCUGGCAGCACGAAGGCUGGGAUACAAGGCCAAGCAAGGUUAUGUUAUUUACAGGAUCCGUGUCCGCCGUGGUGGCUGCAAACGCCCAGUUCCUAAGGGUGCAACUUACGGCAAGCCUGUCCACCAUGGUGUUAACCAGCUAAAAUUUGCCCGAAGCCUUCAAUCUGUUGCUGAGGAGAGAGCUGGACGCUACUGCGGGGCUUUGAGGGUCCUGAAUUCUUACUGGGUUGGUGAAGAUUCCACAUACAAAUUUUUUGAGGUUAUCCUCAUUGAUCCAUUCCAUAAAGCUAUCAGAAGAAAUCCUGACACCCAGUGGAUCACCAAACCAGCUCACAAACACAGAGAGAUGCGUGGUCUGACAUCUGCUGGCCACAAGAGCCGUGGCCUAAGUUCCUCCACACUAUUGGUGGCUCUUGCCGUGCAGCCUGGAAAAGGCGCAACACUCUCCAGCUCCACCGUUACCUCUAAUACACAUAAUGUUUGUAAAAUUCAUACCCAAUAAACAAUUUAGGACAGUCAAAA